GUCGAAAAACCUUAUUGCCCGUUGUCACCUGCAAUGCAACUGGAGCUUAUGCUCAGGAAUGCCUCUCACAUGCUCUCCCGACCGUGUACUGGAUUCCAUAACCGUUAUGGGCGAAACGAAGUUAUCGGGUCUUUACUGACUUCUGCUGGCUAAUAUGAAGGUGACUAGUCCCAAAGCUGCUUGAUUCAUUUCUCUCCAUGGCCCCUCUCAGACGAAACCUCAAUUCCACAUGCUACCCUUUCAUAUCAAUUGCGAAGAGAAAUCUGCCUCCAGCCUCCCCUCCCCAUUCCCCCCCAACCAGGAUGGUACAAUGUAUAUUGCCAUCAUUUUACUGGAGUACCCUUUCCCUCUCUUCUGAUCGUAUCGGACGAUUAUGCAGUAGCCCAUAUCAUGAUUUUGUUCAAGGGGAGAAGGGGCUUCCGGAAUCCAUCUAUCCAGGUUCGAGAAGAACACGUCAAAUAUGCCGACAACAUGUUUGCCUGUCUUCUUUCCUCUUGCUGUUUUCGUAUCGGGUUUCGACAUAGGGGAAGGGGGCUAUGCUACAAUGCCUUCUAUGACUAGAUCCAAAUGAAGCUGAAGUAUCCAGAACAAAAUCAAGGACUCUAGUCUUGGCUUUCC